UGUGGCAAAGUAUAUAUGCAAAAUGAAACCGUCGUCCCUCCAGGCGGCAACUUCGCCACGCCAGCAUCCAGCUCUACCCCACUUCUCGCCCUGCGCUGUAAUCCUUCUCUGCGUCCAUACCUACCUGAAGACGCGAACUCUGCAUCGUUCGGUGGUGGUAUUCUUGUCGACGCCCUUGUUCGGUUCUCCGAGAUAGCUGGAGCAGUCCCAAUCUCGCUUCCUGAAAACGCGACAGAUACGAUGCUCAGCGUGACCGCGAGUAUCGAAGGCGUCGACGUCUCCUUCACACAGUCCACAGUUCCGCUGAACGGGACGGCUGAACUUUUCUUUGAUCUCUCUGUACUCACGCCUCAAACCGAACCUUUCAAUGUGACAUGCACCGCAACCGAUAGUACCAACACGACCUUCACGGCCACCACUCAGCUCUCGUUCCUGCCCGAUCCGCCGAGUGAUAUCGGAAGUGUGACGAAGAUGGACUUGAGGACGGGUGGGUUGUUGGCGAAGCCUCUGGGAGGAGAUGGCGAUUAUGCGGCGGUAUUUCCUGUGGGGUUUUAUGGAUCAUUUGAUGGGUACCUGGAUGCGAACAAGUCGGUCUUGGAGACAUUGAAGGCGCAAGGCUUCAACGUUCUUCACCCAGUCCCUUCGUUCGACAAUACGACCGCUUUGAACCAAAUGCUCGAUUGGAUGGAAGAACUGGAGAUGUACCUCAUCUAUGACAUGCGAGGCACUUACAUGAACCUCACAUCCGUAACCGCCCAAGUUGAAUCUCUCAAGUCUCGCGCGAAUCUUCUCCUCUACUACUCCGCCGAUGAGCCCGACGGCCCGUCCGACCCAACUAACGGCACCUCCAUCGCGCAGUCCCUUCUUACUUCUCUCGACCCGUAUCACCCCACGUCGCUCGUUCUCAACUGUUUCGACUACUUCUUCGAAGACUACGCAUCUGGUGGUGAUAUUAUCCUCCAGGAUGUGUACGAGAUCGGGAAUAAUGUGACAUUUAGUACGCAGUGGGGGACGGUCUGCACGGAUGAACAGGGCGAUUGUGGGUGUGAUGAUUGUAAGGGGGAGUUUGAGGAUAUUAGGACGAGGGUGGAAACGUUUAGGGAAAGGUUCGAGGUGUUAGGAUGGGAAAGGGAGAAAAGGAUGUGGACAGUCCCUCAGGGAUUCGGAAAUGACACAUACUGGAAGCGGUUCCCCACCGGAGCUGAAUGGCUUAUUGAGGCUAUUGUAGGCAUCAAUGCAGGCGCUCUUGGCGUGACAUCCUGGAUCGACCCUACACCCGCUGAUAUCAAGUCCGCCGCCUCAUCACUCGCACUCUCCGUACCCUCCCUCACGCCGUUCAUCCUUCCCAUCUUUCCAUCCACGUCCACAUUUAAACACGUCGUCACAGACGAUCGAAUCGACGUCGGUGUAUGGACGUUGGCUCCAAGCAAUCAGACGCUUCUGCUGGCUGCGAAUCUGAACUAUUUCAACGCGAGUAUCGGGUUGAACGAAGUUUUGGGGGAUGCGAGCUCGAGCGGAGUUGUGGCGCAGCAGGUCUUGGAUGGAGGUGCCACUCUGGAUGCGCAGGGUGGACAGAUUGUGUUUGGGAGUGUACAGAGUGGGGCUUGGAUCGUUGGAUGAGGGCGUUAGGGUGUUGUAUGGUUUGUAUACUUUGCAAAACAUUCAACUUUC